GUGACAGUAAACUAAGCAUCAGUUGGUUCCUGACUUCCAGGACUCGAGUGUUGUUGUAAUAUCUGCACGCUUAGAAAGAGCUGCAGGUUUAAAAUAAUCUUACAGAGUGAGAUGUGUUUCUGGAGGGAGAAGUUAUCAAACAGCGUUGCCCGAUGAGGUUUGGGGCUUGCCGUUCAGCUUUACUUUCAGGGGCUCGUGUUACUGAUGGCUGUCUGCAUGUAAUGCAUCACUGAGGAAAGAGUGCGACAUUUCUCUUGAAUUCUUCAUACAAGAAAGACCCUCUGUUAGAGCUUUUUCAGAGAAUUGCAGUUGAAGGAAAUAAAAAAAAAAAUCCUUGAAGGGCGUCAGUGCUGUUGGAGUCACUGCUGCGCUGUGGCGUAGUUGCACAGACAGGCGUUUGUAGUCACCAAAUGAAUGUUGUAGGAGAGUUAGUGGAUUGACUUCAAGUCAGUCUUUCAUGGGACUGGCUACCAGCGUAACCCUAUUGUGGAGAAAAAUGCUGUAGUUCACUGCCAUAAACAUGGUAUGUCGAAUGUAGCGUGGAAUAAAGAGACGCUGUUGUCUGGUAGGCUGACUGCAGGACUAGGAGCUUUUGAGUUCUGCUCCUUUUAUGACCUUGACCAAGUCACUGGAGUCACCAAGGUUUGUUUUAUUCUCUCCUGGCAGAGAGCAGAGAGAGUUCCCUGAUGCUUAGCCCCAGACGCUGGGGUCAGAGAGAGUCUUGGAGAUGAAAGCACUUUGAAAAUCAACGUGAUGUUGUGCAGUAAAUGUGAACCGCUUUGCUUUUGUAGGUUCUGCUCGUGAAACGGGAUCCACAUGGGCAAGUCUUUGUGUCUGUACAAGGUGCUGUUGAGCAGCUUUCAGCAAAUACUUGCUCCCAUGUAUAAAGAUGUCCUUAGUGGACCUAGGGAAGAGGUUGCUAGAAGCAGCUCGCAAAGGCGAAGAUGACGAAGUGCGAACGCUGAUGGCAAACGGUGCUCCGUUCACCACUGACUGGCUUGGGACGUCGCCUCUUCACCUCGCUGCCCAGUACGGCCACUAUUCAACAGCAGAGGUGCUGCUUCGAGCUGGCGUUAGCAGAGAUGCCCGAACAAAAGUGGACCGGACUCCGCUACACAUGGCUGCAGCUGAUGGACACACUCACAUUGUAGAAUUGUUAAUUAGGAAUGGAGCUGAUGUAAAUGCCAAGGACAUGCUGAAAAUGACUGCUUUACACUGGGCGACAGAGCAUAACCACCGAGACGUUGUAGAGCUGCUCAUCAAAUACGGAGCUGAUGUCCAUGCUUUCAGCAAGUUUGAUAAGUCAGCUUUUGAUAUUGCUUUGGACAAGAACAAUCCAGAGACUCUGGUAAUACUGCAGGAAGCAAUGCAGAACCAGGUGAACACACAUCCAGAGAGAGCACAUCCUGUCACAAACACCGUGACUGUCACCUCACCAUUUAUUCUUGCACCAGGGGAAAUUCUCAAUCUUGCCAGUCUCGUCUCAUCAGCGAAUGCCAAAACAACCUCAGCAGGUGACUCACACGUGUCUACGGUGCAGUUUUCCAAUUCAACAACCUCAGUGCUCGCCACGCUUGCAGCCCUCGCUGAAGCAUCAGCACCUCUUUCCAACUCAAACAGAGCUACAGGUAAUACAGAGGAAAUAGUGGAAGCAACUUCUGUCGACUCUGCCAUACAGCAAGUGGUCGGUAGCGGAGGGCAGCGCGUCAUCACCAUUGUAACCGACGGAGUUCCCCUGGGCACCCUGCAGACGGCCGUCCCCACCAGCGGCCUCAGCCAGCCGUUCAUUGUCACCAUGGAAGAUGGGCAGCAAGUUUUAACUGUACCUGCUGGUCAGGUUGCAGAAGAGACUGUUAUUGAAGAUGGAGAUGACGCAGAAGAGGAGGAAGAGCCACUGGCCAAGAAGCAAAAAGUGGAACAAAAUGUAAAUGACUCGGAGGAAAGCAAGGACAGCGAUGAAAGGGAAGUGCUACAGCAGCAGCUGCAAGAGGCGAACCGGAAAGCUCAGGAAUAUCGCAGCCAGCUCAUGAAGAAAGAGCAGGAAGCGGAGCAGUACCGGCUGAAGCUAGCAGCCAUGGUGAGGCAGCAGCCCAACGGAGCUGAGGUAGCAGUGCUCGAGGACGUCGCCGAGGUAGACGCAGUUGUGGUAACUUCGGAAGACAUCGAGGGGUCUGCACUGCCCAUGAUGGAAAUGGAUCAGCCAACUGAUGUCACUGUGGAAACUGUAACCUCCUAAUCCUGGGUUAUUGACUUGGGUUUGUAAAGGAAAAUAACACUUUUUUUUUUUUUUUUUUUUUAAUAAGGUGCUGUUGGCAAACAGCGUUGAGAGCAGAGGGCUGUUGUCAGAGCCACCGCACAACUGGAAAAUGACGCGAUGGGGCUGCCUGAACGGUCCCGUCACCAGGGAUAGAAGCUCCUACAGCAGCUCACAGCAUAACUCUGCUUUCAGCACAGUGCCAAAAGGUGCUUUUAAAGCUUGGCCUUGAAAGAUUGAAAGCUUUUACAAAUUUUAGCCAGCAAGUGACCUGAAGGCUUAUUUUGUGAUGUUAAUACUUGCAUUGUUGGGAGUGGAAAAGAAAUACCUCAUUGCCAAAGUAGCUGGUAUGAGCUCUCAGCUGCCUGGCAGUUGUGGCGCUGAAAACAGACUUCAUGCAAUCACCCGAGGUGGUCGCUGCCUUCUCUGAAGUUGAGUGACCAGAUCUGGAUCUUCAGAUAAAAAAAAUCUUGGAGUGAUGCAUUUUUAUUUACAGUCUUCUGGGGUGCAGGGGAGGGGAUUUCCCCACCUCAGCUAGGCAAUGGAUUGGCAUUGAACAAUUAGGUUGUGUUCCAAAAGCCUGCAUUUGGCUCACUAGAGGCAAAAUUCAAUGCAAGAGCAGAGGCCAGGCUGACCACGUGUCAGCUGGAGCGCUGCAGGAUAGCCGGGGAUGUUACAUUUUGCCUUCUUUGGACUGUGGAAAAGUUCGACGGAGCUCUGCAUCAGAACCUUCAGCCACCCAAAGGGAUCACCGAGAAAUCCUCCUCAGUUUUAUGAAGAUCAGUCAACUGUUCUGUUUGACACUUCCGUGCUGAAGAGCAGCGCUGACUGAUUAUGGAUGCAAAACUGUGCAUUCAGCUCUUGCUGUAAGACAGCUUGGGAGCCGCUUUGUCUCUGGAGAUACAUAUGUCACUUUUUUACUAAACAGUUUUUAUUUUUAAAGAUGCUGAAACCUUUUUUAACAAGCAGCUGAUCUUGUUACUGCAACGUUCAUAUUUUUUUACCCUGCGAGCCUGUUCAUGAACGAGGGCAGCUAAACGCUGUCCUCGUUGCGGGCUUGUGGACUGCGUGCUUCAAGGCAGUGUGGAAAUUGAUCGGAAGGGCCCUGAAAAAUUGCAUGGCGAUUGAUGAUGAAAGCUUUUUCUCCCUCGGCAGUCAUGAGCAAAAGAAGUGGGGUUUAGGAAAACGCCAUAUGCACGCUGUUCUCUUGGCUGCAGAAGGUUGUAAAGGCUAGGAGCGACUUCCAGCUCCAAGGCCCCAGCAGCUGGCCUGCUUCCUGAAAAUGCCUUCUUGCAAGAUGAAAAUUCAAAGCUGUCUCGGGCCACGGUUUAUUGUUUGUGUGUUUGUUUUUUUUUUUAAUUUCCAUGUCCUGGUUUUGUAACUAUUGGCAGUAUUUGAGGAAAUCCUUCAAUUUCAUGCUCCUUGCACUGCUUUUUUCCCCCGUUACUUCCAAGCGUGUCCAGAUAACCGUUUUCUGUUGGUUCAGAUACUGCCAGUGUCCACAUUGCUGAUAGAUGCUCACGGGCCACGUGUGUCACCGUCAAAAUCCUGCUUUUCCUCAUCAAAUCACCCUCCAGGGCGGCGUGCUGCUGCCGCAGAGCGCUUGGCUCUGGUUGAUGGCGGUGCCUCGGGGGGUCAGCUCGUGGCCGAAGCGUCGUGGCCUUGUUUGUGCUGGAUCCCAGGCAGGCAACAAACGGUUUGCAAAGCUUUGCCGGGCUGCCGUUCACCCCGUCCCACGCAGAAACUCUUGUGCUGAGACACUUGAGAAAGGCUUCGUUCCUGGAGCGCUCGUGUCCAGCGAUUUCUUGGAGCUUUGGCCUCAACGGGAGGUCAGCUCUGCCAAAGUCACGUCUCCAGCAACGUUUGGCAGUGUUUAACCGCUCGGGUUCAGUGGCAGGUUUUAGGAGAGAAAGGUUGAUGAUACUGAUACUGUAGGGGCUCCAUGAGACUUGAGCUGGGUUUUGAGAAGCUAAGUGCAUUUAUUUAUAAGCAGUGUAGCUUUAUUUAUAACUAAGACUUUUUGUCUUUUUCCAAAAGAUGUUUUGAAGGAGGCUUUAAUAAUUAUUUUGUAUGGAUGAAUGUUUGCGGAGACUUGGUUCCUGGCCGUUGACUUACUCCCUGUGAAGUCAGUCUUUCCUCGCCGACUUCAAGCUUGUAUUCAGUUAUUUUCUUUUGUUCCCCAGAACGUCCAAAAUUUGGGCCCAUUUGAUGGACUGAAGUCUGUGUUGGAGGGCUCAAGAUUUAUCAAAGUAAAUCCAGACAGAUUCUUCUAAUAUGUUGUUCCCAGAAACAUUACUGGGUGUAAAGGGCCACUGUCAACUUUGGCUUCUCCGUUGUGCCUGAAGUUAGUCUAAUUAUUUGUAAAUUUGAAGAGCUCUACAGCUGAAGGCAGCUGUAGUACAAACGCUGUGUUGUGCCUUGGACAGCACUCCGAUUCUCAUGUAUUUCCCUGCUUCCCCCGAAAAAGGCCGGUUUUGGCAAAAAGUCCCUGCAGCUGGCAAACAAACUUCCCCUUCAGAAGAGGAGAAAAAAAAAAGCCUGUGGCAUUCACGGUAAUUGGAUUUCAUUUAUAGAUCUGGCAGAAAUAAAGCUGACAGUGUUC